GGAAGAAGAAACUGUCACGUGGGAAUAACAUGACAGAGGCGAGUUCCUUUAUUUAGCUUUCAUUUCUUUUAACAUUUAUGGUAAGCUAAAAAAUUGCAUACUUCACUAUUUGUUUGGCAUGUGAGACUAGUCCCACUCAUCCACAGGGACGUAACCAGCAGCAUGAGUGUACGAGCACUAUGGGUUGUCUCACACGAGAAGGGUGAAUCUGGAAAAGUGAGGUUUUCUAGGCGAUUCCCAACAGUUGAGUUCCGUGCCAAAUCCUUGGCUGGAACACAGUAUGUGGCCGUUCCGGAGGACCGCGUCAUACCCCAGCUGCUGCUGACAGAGUUGGGCCUGGUGGAUCCUGACAAAUCUUACGUCGAAGCACGGGACGACUGUGCCCGUCAGCACCGCUCACCGGCUGUGGAGCUCCGCCUGGAUGGCCCGGGUGGGAGAACCCUCUGGCCCGUGCUCACAGUCACUCAGGGAGUGUUAAUCCUAGCCUGCCUUCCUCUAGUGGAAGCACCUCCAAAACCUCGGCCACCUCUCCCCAGCCUGGCCUCAGUCUCUCAGGGCUUAGCUCUUUUGUUAGGCCUGCAGGAUUUCCUUUGUGGCCCUGGGGGUAAACCAGAGCCUGAUGUGCUGGCCUCCCGUUUGGCUGCUCUUCCCUCUGUGCUAAUGCAGGUUUGCCCUUUGGGGAGGCCACUGGACACCCCUCCUCCUGCUGGAUCAGUGCCUGCUGCUGUGGCUCCAAGCCCAGGGGGGACUCAAAAGCAGCCAGCCUGGAAGGCAGGGGUCCACCGAGGCAGGGCUGUAGUAAGUGUGGCCCUUACCGAGAAGGUGAGGUCCAUGCAGUACGGCAAGAAUAGUCAGCAAGAUAUCUGGGAUGUGUACGGCAUGGUCAUGUGCAAAUGUGAGGUUGAAGGUGUUCUGCCCAAUGUGAUCGUCACCCUCACACUCCCACACAACGGAUCGCCCCUACAGGACAUUCUUGUCCAUCCCUGUGUGACGUCUCUGGAUGCAAGCCUUCUUACCGCCUGCAGUGUGGACGAGAAUGACGGUUCCGCCUUUUCAGGGCCAUACAAGUUCCCUUUCUCACCACCUCUGGAGCUUUUCAGACUCUGUAGUUACACCUCACAGGUACCUGUGCCACCAAUUCUUGGCUCCUACAAGCUGAAGGCAGAGGAGAAUCAUUUGAAGGUCAAUGUCGUCUUGAAGCUCCAUGAAAGUGUCAAAAACAGCUUUGAGUACUGCGAUGCACACAUUCCAUUUUUCAACCAGAAUCUAAUGGGAAGUGUGGAGGUCAAAGUGAGCUCAGGACAGCUUGAGGUGUCUAAAGAGAAGAACCUACUGGUUUGGGUCCUUGGUCAGAAGUUUCCAAAGUCCCGUGAAGCAACAUUGGAGGGAACUGUUCAUUUUUCAGGGACUGUUGCUGGACCGACAGACCCUCUGUGCUCAGGACUCACCGCUUAUGCAAAACUUCAUUUCCGUGUGCCAGAUUUGACUUUGUCUGGUUGCUGUGUGGACCAACACUCAGUGCAGGUUUACUCAUCCGCCAAACCACGUAUUGUCACAACACGAGAGCUGGUCUCCUCCGAAUAUUACAUCUGGAACUCCACAGGUGACGCCCCAGUGUCCUCUGGACUCAUGGUGCUGUGACAGCAUCUCAUUGAUGCACACCCACCUUAAGAAAUCAUUGUAGAUAUUUAACAAAUAUCAGGCACUAAAUGAUAUUCUGUACGGCAAUGUUGCCUCUGACAAAUGUUGCUGUCAGUGUUACAUAUUACAUUUACAAUGUGACUUUCAUAUACAGUAUAGUUUUUCUAAUCAUUAAAACAUUAAAUACUCAGCGUCUAACAGAA